ACAGCCGUUUUUUAGCGUUACCGUGAAUUAUAGCUAAAAAUCCAUUCAUAAUUACAAUAUGCAAUAUUAAAGUGGGGAAUUUUUGUUUUUCUUGGAAUUCGUAUUAAGAACUUCCUAAAUGAAAAUUAAAAAAUAAGUUUCGCUUUAAAAACUAUCAACAAAAGAAAAAAAUAAGUGACAUUACCAAAAACUUUUAUUUUCUGAGUCUUAGUCCUUGCAAAAUGGAAAUUGAGGAAUCAAAUGCUAGAGGUGAAAAAAUUCGCAAAGGAUUUCAAAUAAAUUGGAUGAUAUUGAGGGACGUAGAUACUGGUGCUAUCAUAUGGCAAGAAAAUAAAGAUUUUUCUUCAUCAGAUGAGGAACAUGAAGCUAGAGUAACAUUAAAAAUUUUGGAUUUGAGAGCGGUUUCUAGAGAAAUCAAUUUUAGCACAGUAGAAAUGAUGGAAAAUUUUAGAUUAGAUCAGAAAGUUCUUUUCAAGGGUCGUAUAAUGGAGGAAUGGUUUUUUGAAAUGGGUUUUGUAGGACCAAAUACUACCAAUACGUGGCAAUCUACAAUAGAAGCAGCUCCAGAAUCUCAAAUGAUGCCAGCAAAAGUAUUAAAUGGGAACGUUACUAUUGAGACAAGUUUUUUCGAUGGAGAUACUUUUAUUACGAAGUCGGUUGUGAGGUUAUAUUAUGUGUAGAGUAUCAUUUAAUGAACAAUUUUAUUAUUUAUUUUAAGAAAGCAAUUCGAAACAUUUUUACAAAAGAAUUUAAUGAAAGUUCAAUUUUUAGAGCAAUUGACCAGUAGAUAAAGAAGUUAAAAUUGAGUGUCAUAUGGUCAUUAGUUUUUUAUUAAUUAUUUUCACUUAAUUUUUUAUAUUAAACUAAAAAAAUUCUUUCAAUACUUAAAGCUUGUCAUGCAGCAUUUAUUUUCUAAUAUUUAUUAAGUUUUAAUUGAAAAAUCAGUACGUUAUAAACUAUAAAAACAUGAUAUACAUGUAUAUCUAUCAAAAUUUUUGAGUACAUAUGAAAUCAUUUUAACAAUUUUUUGUAUUUUG